CGAGAAGUGUUUAUGUAUAAUAUCCUUUUGUUAAAACGCAUCUAAGAGAAAGUGGUUGUUUUUACAAAUUUACUUGAGAUUUUUUUAGAAAUAUUUUUUAUCAAUGGAUGAAUAUGAUUCUGCUUCUAUUAAUAAAGGUUGCUUUGUUCAUAAACCUGAAAAACAAAAGAAUAAGAAAUCAGGUGGUAAUGAAACCUUACUUGCUGUAAAGAAACAUGUAGAAUUCUUAUGGAGUGAAAUUGAAACUAAGAUAAAAGACAUUGAGAUGAAAAUUUACAUGGAAACAUUUGUUACUGGCAUUGUGAAUUUUAUUAAUAAUGCUUUCCAGUAUCCAUUGCAAAAAACUCAAGAAAUUCCUGCAGCUGUUCUUGUGAUGGGAGUCAACAUGCCUGAUCAUUCUCAUAUUUUUAACCUGUUGGAAGAACAUUUACAUUUGAAUGAUAUUUACAGCUCUGUGAUUCUAGAAUCCAAAAAAUGCUCAAGUGUACAAAAUAUGCUUCAAGUGAUACUCUUUGAAAUUCAUAAAAGGUACACAGAGUUCUUUAAGCUUAGUGAAGAUCUUCCCAAAAAACAAGAAUAUGGUUUUGCCAAGUUAUAUGAAUAUUAUUGUAGCAUCCAGGUAGCAUCUCCCAAGAAAAAGGCUAAAACUAUCCAAAAUAAAACACAGCAUUCACUGAAACCAAUUGUUUUCCUCAUACAAGACGUGGAAAGUUUUAAUCCAGAAAUAUUACAGAAGCUGAUUUAUUUAUGCAAAAUUUAUUGUGGGAAAUUACCAAUAGUUCUAAUUUUUGGAAUGGCUUCUUCAAUGUUCACCUUGCACGACAUUCUGCCACCCAAAGCAUUAUGUUGUUUGGGCUUGGAAACAUUCCAUUCUGUGUCCGCUGCAAAAUUUUUAACUCGAAUCAUUGAAGAGGUUAUCAUUUCCCCAGAUUUACCUUUCAAAUUUGGCCCCAAGAUGUUUAGGUUAAUUGUGGAUUCUGUACUUUAUCAUGAUUUUUCCAUUUCUAAUUUGACUUACAUGCUAAAAUUUUCACUGAUUGAACACUUUUAUGGCAAAACUUAUGCAUCUUUGUGUUGUCAUAAAAGUGAAAUUGAGAAAAAAGUCAACCAGUUGAAUCCAAAGUAUUUGCAUGCACUGAAGGAAUUGCCAUCUCUAAAAACAUAUUUAGAAAACAACCCUCGAUUUUUAUCAACUAUCGAUGAUCCAAAGGUUUUUAAAGAAUUAAUUGUUGGUUUUAUGAAAAAGCUUUACGAAAGUCAAAGAAUUAAUUUGCUACUGCUGAAGAUUCUUCACUGUUUAGUUAAGGAUUUACCUAGACAUCCUUUAGGUAAACAGAUUAGAGAACUUUAUUCUGUAUCAUUAGAAAAAGAAAUAUCUCUUGAUGAAGGUUACACUCAAUCAAUGAAUUUAAUCAGACUGCAUUCUAAGGAAAAUCUGAUGGCGAAGUUAGAAACAUGCCUUAAUAUUAUAUGUGAUUCUUAUGAAGAAAAUGGAAUUAAUUUGAAAUCAGUAAAUAGUAUAAAACACAUAGUAGAAGACUGCAUUGAAAGACUUUCAAAAAUCUCAUCAGAUGAUUUUGAGAAGAAUUUGCCUGAGCCUCUCAUAUUCCAAAAUGAAAAAAUUACUAGUCGAUUCCAAUUACAGGAAAAAAUUCAGAUGAAUCUAAAGCUGAAACGUUCAAAUUUUGAAGUUGUUCUGAGUGGAAUAGUGCAGAAUCUUAACAUGAUUUUCAAAAAUAUCUCACCUCCAUCUCAUUCUCCUUUAUAUGAGAUAUUUUACUUUGAUGAUGUAUCUGCUGCAAAGAAACAUUUGAUGGCUGUUCCUAGAGUUACGUCUUGCUGCACACUCAGCAAUCCUCAUUAUUACCUUCAGUGUAAGUGCUGUGAAAUAACUUCGCCUGAUGAAGUCCGGCCAACAAUGCCCGAGAUUAGCAUUCUUUACAAACUUCAUCUGCAGUCAGGAAAGUUAAUAAAUUUAUAUGACUGGCUUGAAGGCUUCAAAGGUAUUGUAUCUGCUGAAGAAAAUACAAAGAGGAAAUCUAGAACGAAAACUACAACCAAUGACAGUGAUCUAAAUGUGCGAUUUUUGCUUACUGUGUCUGAACUACAGAUGCUCGGAUUUAUAAAGCCUACAAAAAGGAAAACCGAUCACGUUGCAAGAACUACUUUUGGAUGCUUUUAAUGAUGCACUCUACUUCUGUGAUGAGCAGUUUUAAUGUA